GGCACUGCCGAGCCGAAGAGGGGUUCCUAAUCAAAUCGCAUCAGGACCGUUCAUUCUCCACUGGAGGGCGAGUGGUACAAGAGCACCGGGACACUCCGGCAGCAGGGAGACGGGAUAGAGCCGCGGCAGCAGCUGGAAGGCAGACAGGCAGCCACACAGAGAGAAAAUCCCGACCCGGACUCUGCAAAGCAUCAUUUCUUUCCGCCGUCGGAUUAAACCCGCCCCCGUCUCCAACAUCACCGAAAUAACGCCAAGACAUGAGCUUCUGAACGUUAUUGAUGCUGAACUGAGUGGUCCAGUGCUGUCCUCCAGUGUUUCCCCUCCCCUGAGUUUUCUGCCCCUCUGUCUGUCACCUGGUUCGUGAGCAGCCAUGACAAAGUCCUACGAGUUCAACUGGCAGAAGCACCUGCCUGAGUUCAUGCAGGAGGGUGCUUUCUUCGACCGGUUUGAUGAGGACCCGUACUUCUUUGAGCCCAACUGUCAGAUGAAGGUGGACGAGUUUGGCUUUUUCAUCACCUGGAAGAGUGAAGGAAAGGAAGGCCAGGUUCUCGAGUGUUCACUCAUUAACAGUAUUCGUGUUGGUGCCGUCCCGAAGGACCCCAAAAUCUUGUCAUCGUUCGAGGCCAUUGGAAAAACGGAGGCAGACUUAGAGGGCUGCAUCAUUUGCAUCUGCAGCGGCACAGACCUGGUCAACCUCAACUUCAUGUUCAUGGUGGCAGAGAACCCAGACACAGCCAGGAAGUGGAUCGAGGGUUUGAGGUCAGUGAUUCACAACUUUAAGGCCAACAAUGUCUGUCCAAUGACCUGCCUCAAGAAGCAUUGGAUGAGAAUGUGUUUCCUGACCAACGUUAAUGGGAAGAUUCCUGUAAGAGGAAUUACACGGACAUUUGCAUCAGGGAAGACAGAGAAGGGGAUCUUUCAAGCUCUGAAGGAUCUGGGCCUUCCUAGUGGAAAGAAUGACGAGAUUGAACAUUCAGACUUCACCUUUGACAUUUUCUACGCACUCACACAGAAGAUCUGCCCUCGCACAGACAUAGAGGAACUCUUCAAGAAGAUCAAUGGGAGCAAAACUGAUUAUUUAACUGUAGACCAGUUAGUCAGCUUUCUGAAUGAAAACCAGCGUGAUCCUAGGUUAAAUGAGAUCCUGUUCCCGUUCUACGACCCCAAGAGAGCCAUGCAGAUCAUCGAGAAAUACGAGAGAGAUGAUGAGCUGAAGAAGAAAGGCUGUAUGUCCAGUGAUGGUUUCUGUCGGUACCUGAUGUCAGAUGAGAACGCUCCAGUGUUCUUGGACCGGCUGGAGCUAUACCAGGAGAUGGACCAGCCACUGGCCCACUAUUUCAUCAGCUCCUCCCACAACACAUACCUGACAGGCCGACAGUUUGGAGGAAAGUCCUCUGUGGAGAUGUACCGACAGGUCCUGCUGUCUGGAUGCAGAUGUGUGGAGUUGGACUGCUGGGACGGGAAAGGAGAGGACCAGGAGCCCAUCAUCACUCAUGGCAAGGCCAUGUGCACAGACAUCCUGUUCAAGGAUGUUAUCCAAGCCAUCAAGGAAACAGCAUUUGUCACGUCAGAUUACCCUGUUAUUUUGUCCUUUGAAAAUCAUUGCAGUAAACCACAACAGUACAAGAUGGCCAAGUAUUGUGAGGAGAUCUUUGGUGACUUCCUCCUGAAACUGCCUCUGGAGAACUACCCGAUUGAAUCCGGGCGCUCUUUACCCUCUCCGAACGAUCUCAAACGUAAAAUCCUCAUCAAAAACAAACGCUUGAAACCUGAAGUUGAACAGAAGCAGCUAGAGGCCUUUAAGAAACACAUGGAGGCAGGAGAGACCAACACCCCCGCCAUCAUUAUGGGAGAGGAGAAUGAAGACGACACAGAGAACGGAGAAAAAGAACCUGAAGAUAAGGAUUUGAAUUCAGAGGCUCCCAGCAGUCUGUCAGAGACCAGCGAGAAAGAGGCCAACAGUGUUUCCCAGAGUAACACUGUCAGCUCGAAGAAAGUGGAAGAUCGCAGCAACAGUAUCAAGAAGGUGCCUGAGGAUGAAGUGACAGAGAUUUCUGAAGCCACAGAAGCAACAGACGCCACAGAUAUCUCAGAAGCAUCUGACCAAGACAACAAAAAGGACGUGGCAGAAGACUCUGAAGAGGCUCUGAUAGCUCAGUACACCUAUGUGGGAGCCACCACUAACAUCCACCCAUACCUCUCAGCCAUGGUCAACUACGCACAGCCCGUCAAGUUCCAGAGUUUUGAUAUGGCAGAGGAGAGAAACAUCCACCAUAACAUGUCAUCUUUCAACGAGUCCGUUGGCCUGGGCUAUCUGAAGACUAAUGCCAUCGAGUUUGUCAACUACAACAAGCGUCAGAUGAGCCGUAUCUACCCCAAAGGGGGCCGAGUGGACUCCAGUAAUUACAUGCCUCAGAUCUUCUGGAACGCAGGCUGCCAGAUGGUCUCGCUCAACUUCCAGACCCCAGAUCUGGCCAUGCAGUUGAACCAGGGAAAGUUUGAAUACAACGGCUCCUGCGGGUACCUGCUGAAGCCCGACUUUAUGCGGCGGUCCGACAGGAUGUUUGACCCUUUUUCAGAGACACCGGUGGAUGGUGUCAUUGCUGCAACUUGUAGUGUACAGGUGUUCUCUGGACAGUUCCUGUCAGAUAAGAAAAUCGGCACAUACGUUGAAGUCGACAUGUACGGCCUCCCGACGGACACCAUCAGGAAGGAGUUUCGCACACGUAUGGUGAUGAACAACGGACUGAACCCUGCUUACAACGAGGAGCCCUUCGUCUUCAGAAAGGUGAUCUUACCGGAUCUGGCAGUACUGCGCAUCGCCGUCUACGACGACAACAACAAGCUGAUUGGCCAGCGCAUCCUUCCUCUGGACGGCCUGCAGGCUGGCUACCGUCACAUCUCUCUUAGGAACGAGGGCAACAAACCCCUCUCGUUGCCCACCAUCUUCUGCCAAAUCAUCCUCAAGACCUACGUGCCCGACGGUUUCGGAGCCAUUGUGGAUGCUCUAUCAGACCCAAAGAAGUUCUUGACUAUAGCAGAAAAGAGAGCUGACCAGAUGAAGGCACUUGGGAUUGACACGAAUGACAUAGCAGAUGUUCCCAGUGGAAGCUCAAAGAACGACAAGAAGGGAAAGGGUAAAGGAGACACUGUGAAGACCAGUGUGACACCACAGGCCAGCUCAGACAUGGCCCAGACCUCCAACUCCGCCCAAAAUAACACAGCAGAAACCAAGAAGGAUACUGCACUUGUGCCUAAUGUCAGCAUUGAUGACUUAAAACAAAUGAAGACAUACCUUAAAUUGAUUAAAAAGCAACAGAAGGAGCUCAACACUUUAAAGAAGAAACACUCAAAGGAUCAAAAUGUAAUGCAGAAAGCCCACUGCACCCAGGUGGACAAGAUGGUGUCUCAGCACGAAAAGGAGAAGACAACCCUGGAGAAACUACUAGAGAAAGCCAUUAAGAAACGAGGGGAAAACAACUGCCAAGAGCUGAAGAAGGAGACAGAGGACAAGAUCCAAACACUAGACACUGAUCACAAAGCCAAGGUAAAGGACAUCACAGCGCAGCACACUAAAGAGUGGUCGGAGCUGAUCAGUAGUCACAGCAACGAGGAGCAGGAAAUGAAGGACAGCCACGUCACACAGCAGUGUGAGCACCUCAAGAAACUCCUGACCUCCGUCCAGGAGCAGCAGACCUUGCAGCUUAAACUCAUCCAUGAACGGCAGAGCAAAGAGAUGCGUGCCAAUCAGGCCAAGAUGUCCAUGGAAAACAGCAAAGCCAUCAGCCAGGACAAGUCCAUCAAAAACAAAGCAGAGAGAGAGAGGAGAGUGCGAGAGUUAAACAGUAGCAACACCAAGAAGUUCCUGGAUGAGAGGAAGAGGCUGGCCAUGAAGCAUCAGAAGGAGAUGGAGCAGCUAGAGAAAAACCAGAGAGAACAGUUGGAGAAACUGGAGAAGUUCAAUGAGCAGCUUUUGAAAUCACACCAUGCAAACAAACAGGUUCAAGGCCAAGGACAUGCAGCAGAUGGUGAAGUUGGAGGAGGAGAUGGACCGCAGACCUGCCACGGUGGUGUGAGCGACUGAGACCGAGACACAAAUACACUAACACACACGCGUACACACAUAUGCAGGUGCAAAACACUCCACCACAGAUAGCCCUCUACAACCCAGAGACGUAAACCCUGCCGACAUCUCCCGUCUCACUAAUAUUCACUCUGUGUUCUCCUACAAAACACACCAUAGCUCUCCCGACCUCUUAGUUUCUGUUGAGUCUUAACUGUCCUCUCCACCCUUACCCCCACAUACCAACUUUAUAUCACUGAGCCAUUGGUGCUUAUCACUGUUUCACAGGGGUUUUAACCACUUAUCAAGAGAGGACCUGUUACCUCUGAGACAAAGCAACAGAGUCAGACACAUCCCCUCCCUCCUCCACUGUAUUUACAUCUAAAUUUUUCUAUCACCGUCACUGUUCUCUGCAUCCUAAGGGCACAACGCAAGCUGCAGCUAUUGGUGGACACAGAUAAACACACACACAAACACACACACACACACACACACACACAACACUCUCACAUUCACAGGUCGGAUAUAGCGGAUAUCUGUUCCUUUUCUGACUUGUUUUUUUGUUUGUUUGUUUGUUUUGUUUUUUUAAAAUCGGUACCCGAUAAACCGCAACAACUCACAGAAACAGUGUGGAAGAGGGGAGAUGAAUAUGUAUAAGACUUAAUGUUUCAGCACAAGUGAAUAAACUUUGUGAAUACACUGUACGCUCCACACCAGUCCUGUCCUGAGCACUUUGUAUGUGAUAGGCCAUCAUAACAAUGUGGAAAAUGUAGCAGUGCACUACUGUAGGUUUUCUGUAUUUCACAGUAAGAAUGUAUUUAAAAAAAAAAAAAAAAAAAAAAUCACUGUAUGAAGGAGUGGCAAACCCCCCCUGUGUCACCUAAUCCUACAAUGCAAGUUGUUUGACUUCACAAUGAUGUAUUAUUGAUUUUUUUUUUGUUGUUGUUGUUCAGCAAUGUUACAGCUGACUAUAAAAAGGCUUUUUAUCUCGCUGAGUCAGACUAUAAAGGGAUCACAGAUGGAUGUUCAAUUUUGAUCAUCAUGGCCGAUUUCUCAAAUUGUCUUUUAAAUACAAGGGAAACACAAACACAGGAGAUGAUGUAAUUGCUGUGCUUCACUUAAAAUUGACAUAUAAUAGUCAUAGUUUGGUUUUUUUUGGUUGUUUUUUUUUUUUCUUUCAGAAUUGCUUGUGCUCAAUAUUCACAAGUUUACAACUGCUAAACUCUUUCAUGCAACAAAGAUAUUAUUCCUUCAGUAUAAAAGGUAAAAGAUAUACAAAAUACAGAAAAGAAACCGGUAAAAAUGUUUCAAUACAUUAAUAGUAACCAAAAUGUGGUUACUUUUAUUAAUGUAGUGAUGAAAGGGUUAAUGGCAUUGCUACAAACUGAAACAAUGACAUUAGUAGUUACAACACCUAAUUGAAAAUAUGCUGAUAUAAUAAACUGGACAUCUACUAUUAAGUGAAAAGUUUGUCAGGAUUAAAUGGUUUUUGCAUUAAAGGGUUUUUGCACUUAAAAUUCAGUGAAAACUGAGCCAAAGCUGUAGUCCACUGGUUACAUAAUAAAUCCAUUCUUGGCAGCACAGUAAUUCUGCUGUAGUACAUUCUUUUAAUUGACCGGCUCUUCCCAGUCAGACAAGAACUUUGGCCGACAGAAGUCAAAGACAUCUCGUCAGUUUCCCACCCAUUAAGGCGGUGUUGAAGUAAAGUGCUCCCUUAAUAGCUUCCUGACUGCACCUUAGCAACCUCAGCUCGUAAUCCUCAUUGUUUCCCUGCUCGGCUUUGGUCGGGGCAGAUCAGACAGAAUAAUUAUAACAGAUUGGUAACAAGGCCUUCGACGUGGCUGCCACACACCAUCCACAACAGUGAUUUCAGACAAGGCCUGUAUCCCCUCUGUGUCUCAUCCCUGGUUGAUGCUCAAACUGGUUGUGGGACUACAGAUGGUUUCGGAGGAAGCAUUGUACACAGCACUGGUGACACUGCUGGACUAAAAAAGCCACUGCAAAGAGGGAAAUGUGACGUGGAAGUACUAUUAUGAAGUAAUCCUGUGGGUACUGUAGUAUUUGUGCACAUAAAAGUAUGAUCAUGCCAGAUAUUCAUGUUGCAUGGCAUAACACUAACAAAGAUCGACCAAAAUGACAAAAAGUCACAACGACGAUGAAAUGAAAACACAUUAAAAAACGCGGGGAUGAAAGCACCUCUAGGUUAUUUUGGCCUUUUUAAAGAUUUAUUGUUUUAUUCUGCUGUAAUACACAUAAAGGGUAGACGGGAUGUACUUGUAUAUACUGGAAUGUAUGUAGUUUAAUUUACUUUUUGACCAAUUGUGUUCAACGGUUCUGUCAUACAAGUGCUCGGGGAUAGAGUGGGUCUGUUGGAUGUUGGGGAAAGACAUUUAUCAACCACUGGGUUUUUUCCUCAUUUGUUCUUUUUUUUUUUUUUUGGUGCGUGUGUUCCAGUCUGCCCUUACUGCACCACACAACACAGUAUAAAGCUCUCACCACAUAUCUAGUGCAGAGAUAAAUGAGUAAAAGUGCUUUUAAAUUUUAUUCCAUCGCUUUCAAAUGUGCCACUCAGUGUCUGUUAGGACGUUUAAAUUAUUUUAUGAAUGAUAAAUGCCAAAUUAAGGGGUUAUUUAUAUGGAGAUAUAUAUAAAUAAAUGAAUAUAUAUAUUAUAUAUAUUAGAUAUAAUGUGUAGUUUAAGAUUAUUAUGUUUGUUAGAGGCUUUUUUGCACUAGUUGAAUGUUUCUGUUGUGUGAUUACAUGUAACCUUUGGCUCUCUAGUUUGUCAAAAAAAAAAAAAAAAAAGCAGAUUAUUUUUGCAGAGCAACGUCACCGAUUUGAUUUCCUCAGUUUCUACUGUAUCUCCUCUUUGUUUUCUAUUUUAACUGUAGCUUGUCAAACCAUUCUGUGCGUGUUUUUGUAUUUAUAUUGUAUUGUUGAACUUAUAGCAAUGAAAAUACUGUUGUUAUCCAGCUCCUUUAAUACUGUUUUAUAGUAUGUGUCUCAAUAAAUCCAGGUGUAAAAUGGGACAUAA